UGCCAUUGGAGACGCCGAAAAAGGGCGGCUGAGACUGUCUGGGGGGGGUGUGAGAUAAAGGGGUUAAAAAGCUACAACACAAAGGAUAGCACCGGAAGGCAGCACGGGCGGUGGCUCGACUUUCAGUUUGCAUUCGCGUAGCGAGGAAGUGCGUCUGAGCGAGGAAAAGAAGCGCGUUUGGCUGAAAGACAGACACCCCGCCGCGCACCGCCGCGCAUCGCCAGGCCGUUAAAGCGGUUGAUGUUUAACGAUGGCAAAGGAGGAAGAAGAACAUUAUGGAAAAUAUGGUGAACUAAGGAGGUUUGACCCCACCUUUAAAGGCCCUAUUUAUAACAGAGGCUGCACUGACAUCAUCUGCUGCAUUCUGUUCAUUGUGGCCAUCGUGGGCUACUUUGCCGUGGGAAUUCUGGCCUGGUCUCAUGGUGAUCCUCAAAAGGUGAUCUACCCCACUGACAGCAAGGGUCAGUUCUGUGGACGGUCACCCAACCUGGAGAAGAAGCCGUACUUGUUCUACUUCAACAUCGUGAAGUGCGCCAGCCCUUUGGUGCUCCUGGAGUUCCAGUGUCCCACCAUACAGCUGUGUGUGGAGAAGUGUCCUACUAAAUACAUGACCCUGGUGACAGCCAAACUGAGCAAGGAAGCCAUGGACGAGUACAAACCGUUCUGCAAGGAAGGAACAGACAUUCAUCUGCUGAGUGUUCCUCAACUCCUGAGGGAGCCCCUGUGCCCGGCCAUGCUCAUCCCCAGCCGACCAUAUGCUCACCGGUGUCUUCCUGCCCUCUCCUCAAAGAAUGGCAAAGUGUCCGUCGAGGGGAACAACGUCACGUUCAAAGAUGAAGACAACAAGGCGAUAACCGCUACCGAUCUCCUGGCGGCGGCAAAGAAUGCUAACAGACUUUCGGAAGUGCGUCAAGUGGCCAUGAACAUCUUUGAGGAUUACACACAGUCCUGGCACUGGAUUCUGCUGGGUCUGGUGAUAGCCAUGGUCAUCAGUCUCAUCUUCGUCGUCCUCCUCCGCUACCUCGCAGGAAUCAUGGUCUGGAUCAUGAUCGUCCUCGUCAUCCUGGUCAUCGGAUCCGGGAUCUUAUAUUGCGCCGUGGCGUACAGCAGACUGAGGGGAGAACCUGGAGCCGACGUCACCAUCACGGAACUGGGGCUUCUGACCGAUGUCUCUGUCUAUCUGCACAUUAAGCAAACCUGGCUGGUGUUCCUGAUAAUUCUGUGCAUUGUGGAGGUGGUCGUCAUCCUGCUGCUCAUCUUCCUCAGGAAAAGAAUCGUCAUCGCCAUUGCCCUCAUUAAGGAGGCCAGCAGGACCAUUGGCCAUGUGAUGUCCUCGCUGUUUUACCCUCUGCUGACCUUUGUCAUGUUGAGCCUGGUCAUUGCCUACUGGGCCAUUACUGCAGUGUUCCUAUCCACGUCUAAAGAGCAGGUUUAUAAAGUGGUCAACCAGACAGAAUGUAACUACUCUAUGCACACUUGCGAUCCCGAGAAAUUCAGCCAGUCCAACAUCACGGAUGCGUGUCCAGGCGCUGAAUGCCUGUUUGCCUUCUACGGAGGAGAGACCAAAUAUCACAAGUUCCUCAUUUUCCUGCAGCUGUACAAUGUCUUCCUCUUCUUUUGGUGCGCCAACUUUGUCACCGCGCUGGGACAGGUCACUCUUGCGGGGGCCUUUGCCUCCUACUACUGGGCCUUCAAGAAGCCCAACGACAUUCCGGCAAACCCCGUCCUGUCCUCCCUGGGGCGGGCCCUCAGGUACCACACUGGCUCCCUGGCUUUCGGGUCCCUCAUCCUCUCCAUUGUGCAGGUGAUCAGGGUCGUGCUGGAGUACCUGGACCAAAAGCUCAAAGGAGCCCAGAACAAGUGUGCAAAGUUUAUGCUGACCUGUCUGAAGUGUUGCUUCUGGUGUCUGGAAAAAUUCAUCAAGUUCCUGAACAGAAACGCCUACAUCAUGAUCGCGAUUUAUGGGAAAAACUUCUGCACGUCUGCCAGGGAUGCCUUUUUCCUCCUGAUGAGGAACUUCCUUAGGGUGGCGGUUCUGGACAAAGUUACAGACUUUCUGCUGUUUCUUGGCAAGCUUCUGAUUGUUGGGAUUGUGGGAAUCAUGGCAUUCAUCUUCUUUUCUGGGAGGAUAAGUGCCAUUGAAGAACAGGCCCCCACUCUCAACUAUUACUGGGUCCCAAUUGUGACUGUGGCGAUUGGCGCCUACCUCAUCGCGCAUGGCUUCUUCAGCGUGUAUGCCAUGUGUGUGGACACACUCUUCCUCUGUUUCUUGGAGGAUUUGGAGAGGAAUGACGGCAGCACAGAGAGGCCAUACUUCAUGUCUGAGAAUCUGCUCAAAAUUAUGAAGGGCAAUGAGGGAAAGAGCUCCAAGUAGCCUGGGCACGAGCGAGGGGAAUGGACUGAGUGAGGAGAGACUGCACUGGGCACAGCUGUGGUCUACUGUGUUCAACUCCCAUGUCUGUAUAGAGGAGCAUCCCUGAAACACAGAGUUUUGUGCUGCUUUGUUAAAAGGCUACAGAGAGAGAGAAAUUUCUGUUACAGACUCCCCAAAGGUAUAAAUAAGGACGCAUUAUAAUACGCAACAAUAUAAAUCAACUUCUUUAUCUGUUGCAAAAUGAAUCAUAGGGAGUUUACCUCCCUGCCAGAUUACUAACAAAAUGAACAUUAUCAAGACAAAGUUGUGACUUAUAAAUAGAUUUUUAGAUGCUGUUGCAUGGUUGUAAGGAUAAAAAAAUGUUUCUACGAAUUCUACGAAUUAGCAGCUCAAGAUCUCUCGCUGUUGAAUGAAAACCUGUGAAAACCUGUAGGACGGUAGAUCUCCAGGAACAGGACUGGGAACCACUGAUGUAAAUGUACUAUUGCAUUAUUAAAAUGUCCUGUUAAUUCUGAAAUAUUGUUUUAGUAAGUAGCUUUUUUAUUUUUUACAUUUUGGCUAUUUAUAUUAAUGUUUUAUGAUAUGUGCGUAUUAGCUUUCACAUAAUGUAUGGGGGUCCAUUUAUGUCUGUUUUCAUAUAAGCGACGAACUUACCACACAAUUUGCUCAACCUGAUUUUUUUCUUAUUAGUUUCUGCAUUGAAUCUAGUUCAGCUCAACUCAAAUCCAGGUCCUGUGGGACACAGUGCCUACAGGUAUUUGCUCCAACCGUCCACUACACCACCUGAUUUCACUAAUGAUCUUACUUCCUGAACCAAGGAGGUAAAGUAAUUAGUGAUAUCAAGUGAUCUAAUGCAGAAUUGGAGGAAAAACCUGCAGACACACUCUGCAGGAACUGGAGUUGGGCAGUGCUGAUCUAGUCUAUUGAGCUUGUAGUGGCAUAGUAGUUCCACUGCAGAAACUGUUUUGCUUUUUAAUUAAAAAAAAAAAAAACUAUUUGUGUUGUGAUUUGUUUUUCCAUCUGUUCUAAUUUACACUGUAAAACUUGUAAAUGUAAAAUUUGAAGUAAAAAGUAUUAUACCUGG